AUGACGUUGACCAAGAAGCUCUCGCAAAUCACCGUUCGACCUGUCAAGGCAGAAGAAUAUGAAAAAAUCAAGCGCACAGUGUAUGACAUUAUCAAUGUAGCCUUUAAAUCAGAUGAUAGUUGGACCACAGACAGAGCUUUUGUCAGCAUUGACCGUAUUCCUACUGCUGGAGAAGCAGAAUUUGAUGCCAGAUGCAAGGAACCCAGUGUACUUUUAUGUGCAUUUGGUGAGCAGGAUCAGAUUGUUGGUGUAGUGCAUAUUCAGGUGCAAGGAAGUGAAGCUCUGUUGAACUGUUUGAGUGUCAGUCCCGGUCAUCAAUCGCGCGGCGUUGGCAGCCUCUUAAUCCGAGAAUCGGUCAAACACAUUCAAGCCCAUAUGCCAACGAUCAAGGAAGCAGUUGUGCAUGUCUUUGUUGCUCGCCCUGAACUGACCACCUGGUAUGUGCGUAUGGGAUUCAAGGAUGCUGGUGAAGUGAUACCUUUCCCCUAUGGCGAUAUCCUCAUUGUAGAUGAAGCACCAUUGGCAGUUUUGAGAUACCCAAUCUUCUAA